CAACUCAUUUAUUCUGUAACAGAAAACUGUGAUGGUACUGUUUCAAGUAAGAUAUUAAUCUGUGGUAAAUAUACAUCGGUAUAUACAUAUAUAUAUAUACAUAAAUAUAUAUUAGAUAUCGGUGUCAUGUUACAGAAGAGUUGGAUAUUAAUUUUGUGUAUACUAUUUAAUUAUCCACAUACAAGUGACGCGUUAUGGUCGUGCUCGUAUGACUCCGAGUGUGACGUCACGGGCAGUGUAUGUGUCGAUGGUGGGUGCAGGUGUCCCAUUGGCCAGGAGGUCGCUCUUGGUGGCAGCACAUGUGUUGAUGCGGCGCCAUAUUACAAUUCGAGAUGCGUCGAAGACAGCCAGUGUUCUAGAUUGUUCAGUGCCUUCGAAUGUCGUCGCGAAGGCGAUGGGGAGGUCGGCAGCUGUAGUUGUCGAGCUGGUCACCAUUACUACCUCGGGCGGUGCUGGUCUUCCGUAGACUUUGGGGAGCCGUGUAUCAGAGAUGAACAAUGUAUGAGUGUCCUUAGGAACCCGUACAGCCUGGUUUGCAACGGAACGUGCGUGUGUGCCGAUGGGUACUACCUUAGACAGAGAGGGGAGUGCAGGAAAAUUGGUUAUGCCGUCGGCGAUGGCUGUGUUUUGAACGAAGACUGUCAAUUUAAUGAUGGCGCGUGCGACCAAAGUACAUUCUCCUGCGUAAAUAUAAAUUUAAAAGGUGCUGUAGUAAAAUCAGAAGAGAAAUCAACUAAAAAUGUCACGUUUAAAGUUGGGCCAUUUGAGAGUGAACAUUUUACUUCCUGUGAUGUGUCGAACCCGUGCCCUUCACCUUUGGAAUGUUCUGGUCUGAAUGGAUUUUGUAUUUGUCCAACCGGUUAUUACAGGGAUGGAGGUGGCUGCUUGGCGGAACUCGGUUCCCCAUCUACGGCGGAGCAAUGCGUCGGGCUGCUAGCCGAAGUCCGCGACGGUGUCUGCACGUGUCCAGCCAAUUUCUACUUUGAUGAGGACAUGAGAAAUUGCGUCAGAGCCGCGAGAACCAUCACGGACUCGUGUGUGUCGGAUGCAAAUUGCUAUACAUUUGGAGCCGCAGCGAUAUGUGGACCACCGCAAAACGAUUCCUUCGGCAUAAGGAACUGUGAAUGUAUACAGGAGCUAGCUGUGUGGGACGCGAACAGAGAGAUGUGCAGACUUUUCGCAUCUAUUGGUGAAGAGUGCGAAGUGAACAGUGACUGUUUGGCCGGGGAGAUGGAGAUCCAGUGUUUGGUUGGUGAUGACGGUACAGGCUACUGCGCGUGCCCGGAUGGCUAUAUCGAAGUGGACGGCUUGUGCUUGACCACUGGGCUUGACCUCGGAGACCCGUGCCAAGCGGACAUGGAGUGUACUGAAACAGCGAACACUGCUUGUCUCAACGGAGUCUGUUCCUGUGGGAACGGAUACCAGGAAAUCGAGGGAUACUGCGCUCCCAUUAUUGGGGGUGCGUGUUACCAGGACACGGACUGUGUUAUUGAGAACACGGUAUGUUCUGACAACACCUGUCAAUGUGACGAGGAAUACGUGCCAUACGCCGAGGAAUGCUGGCCGGUUGCGUCAGGCUAUGAAGCGCAAUGCAAUAAUACCGUGCAGUGUGUCAGCGUGCUGGGAGAGGCCAGCGUUUGUGAGGAAAAUAUCUGUGUAUGCCUCAGUGGAUACCACUUCCGAGAUGGCUCCUGCUGGACCAUGACCAGUCUGUUCGAGAGUUGCACCAGAACGAGCGAGUGCUUCCUUCAGGACAUAUCGGAGAGGGUGAUCUGCAGGAACAGCCUGUGCCAAUGCUCCUUCGAUUACGUGUAUUCUGAAACGUUACACACAUGCGUUUCAUCAUCAACAGUGACAAGUCAAUCCGCCAUAUUGAUAUAUAUGUUAGUUAUAACUUUAUUGUACGUAGGUAUUCAUUAAUUAUUGUAUUAUAUAUAUAUAUAUAUAUUUAAUUUAAUUUAAUCAAAUAUGUUUUUUUUAUCAAUAUAUUAAAAUAAUAAAAUUUAAUGCUUUUUUUUUUAAAACAAUUAUAAAUGGCAAUCAAGCUGACGGUCCACCUGAUGGUAAGUGGUAACCGUCGCCUAUAGACAUGAGCAGUACCGUGGACAUAACAGAGUAUACUGUUUCGCCCAUGAUACCUAUCACGCGUUGCCAUUCCUGAGGACUCAAGUGUUAUUCCUCUGUACCCUGUAAAUUCACGCCAUAUCCCACCAUUCAAACCGAAACACAGCCAUGCAAACACAACUACUUCACGGUUGAAACACGAAUGGGACAGAGGUUCCCAAGCAAAUAACUUUUGUACAAAGUCUCCUUCCGGCUUCAAACCUACCUAAUAUAUAACCUACCUUCAUAAAGUUUCAGCCAAUACAACUGAUCGGUUAUUUUAUAGCAUUUUAUAUGUGAUCCUUUAGAUUGAUAUAACUUUUUUAUUUACGCACCGAUUGUAAUAAAACAAACACUAAAUGUUAAGCAGAGCAAACCGCAGUGCAUUAGUGAAACACGCAUUCAAAUCGGUUAAUCCAUUUCUGAGAUUAGCGUGCACAAACGUAGAGACAAACAGACAAAAAAUUCUAAAAGUCUUUGUUUUGGGUUGUAUUGUGUUCGUAAAGUCACCCUUAUAAUAGUUUUUAUUAUGUACCUUCCGUGUACAGACAGCGACCAGUUACGAUUUUAUUAUAUUUAUUGAUACUAUGUAUUAUAUAUCAUAUUUCGAUAUGUUUAUUCAAAGAGAUAAAUAUUUUAAUAUACAAUUUAAAAAAUAAAUAAAAUAUCUGUCUAA